AUGAAGGAACCUUGGCCCAGCGCUGAGGGCUAUAAAUACCCUCUGUUUCCAGAGGGUCAGGUACCCCCACAUCGUUCAAAAAACUUUCAGCUCGGAGCCAGCCGUAACGGUCCAUUUCUGAUCAGUUCAACUAAUUUUUUACUUCAAAAUCGUCCAAAUCGCACCGCAAACACAUCUUCUUCCACGUACAAAAACGAUACAUACAUAACCGCCCCAAGGCGUUGGCCGCCAACAUGUAGAGGAGCCGCGUUUAAUCGUCUCAUUUCUCUUUUUCUUUUCUGUUUGGUCUUUGCGAUGGCCCUCGAAGCAUCAACCUUUGAAACCCUAACCCCUUCUCGCUUUAUCUCCUUCACCAUACCCAAUCCAUCAUCCUCUUCACAUGCACUCCUCCGAGUCGCUGUUCUUGACUCACCACUCCAACCCACUCACUCACCCCAUGUCGCUGCUAUGCUUGUUCCACAAGGCCGUGAAACUGAUUGGAUCUUCUCUACAAAAUCUGGUCAUCUCCAACUUCUCUUCGCUUCUCCACUACUAUCCCGUUUCAUUUUGAUCGGUCUGGUCAAAACCUCUUCUCCUAGCUUUGUCUCCCAAAUCUUUGUUUAA